AAAUCGUAGAAAGGGCAAUUAUUAUAAUUAUAGGUACGACUAACAGUUCUUAGAAAGUACUUUGCGUAAACAUAAAUAUUUAAAUACUCACUAUAGAUUCGAAGGAGGAUUUAGGGUGAAUGCAAACGAGACUAAUACUUACAUACAUUUUUGCUGAUACUGAGCAAAUACAGAAGAAAUGGACAUAAUAAAGAAUCCAUAUUACAACAUUAUCAGAUAUGUUAUAAUUCUAACAGGACAAUAUCAAUAUAAUUUCAAGUGGAUAAACAUUUUGACUAAAUCUUUAUUUUUUGUUAUUAUUUUUUCAUUUAUAGUAGUUCAGAUUGCAGGAGUGAUAAAAGUUUUUGGUAACAUUGACAUGAUAUUAAUGUGUAUUCCACCAGCAUGUUACGCUUCAAUGGGUGCAACUAUUUUUAUAAAUAACAUUCUGAAAGUAAAACAAAUGAACGUUGUUUUUUGGAAAAUGCAAGAUGACUGGGAUACAUUAACAGAAAAAGAUGAAGUCGAUACUCUACACAAAUAUGGCAGAAAAUGCAAUUUUUACUCUAAGAUAUUCAGUUAUGGACUCUUUGGAAAUGUUUCAUACUACAUAAUUUCACAUUUCAGUACUCUUGUGAAUAACAUUGUAAAAAAUAGUAAUGAACCAAGACCGUUAAUUUUUCUAACCGAUUUUGGUAUAGAUCCAGAAAAAUACUUCUACUUUAUAUUAUUCCACAGUUAUAUAGCUGCCUUCGUUUGUACUGCUGUGAUUGUUAAUGGAGAUACAGUUCUUUUAAUGUUUCUUGAGCAUGCUUGUGGAAUAUUUGAAAUAAUAGGAAAUAAAUUGACUUUUAUCAUAAAUGAAAAUCCUGAAUCUGGAUAUAAUAUUAAUUUUCGAAAAAAGCUACAGCAAGAAAUAAAACUUUGUGUGACAAUGCACAGAAAAGUUCUAUUAUAUGUCAAUGAUGUCCAGUCUGCUUAUUCAACUGCUUACCUUUUUGUAUUUGGGCUCAGUAUAAUUGACUUAAGCAUCACAGGUGUCUUGGGUGUGUUAAGUAUGAAUAAUCCCGAGGAAGCUUUAAGGUUUGCAUGUUACACAAUGUGUCAAGUGUUUCACAUAUUUCUUUUAACACUACCAACUCAGCAUUUACUGGAUAACAGUCUUACUCUUUCUAGUUGCAUAUACAAUACACAAUGGUAUUAUCUAUCAACUGAAACAAAAAAACUGUUACUUAUAAUAAUGAGAAGAGGAACUAGACCUACUACAUUUAUUGUUGGCAAAAUAUUCAUACUUUCGUUUCAGUUUUUUACAAAGGUUCUUCAAACAUCAAUGUCGUACUUUACUGUAUUGAUGUCUGUGCGAGGCUGAAGUGAAAAUUUGACUGUUGUAUUAUGAGAUGAUUUUGAUAUUUGAAGUCAUUUUAAGAAAAUAGUUUAGUUAAAUAGUUACAGAUAGACAACAUGUUAGAGUUUUAAAACUAAGAAUAAUUGUUAGAGAAUGUAAUUGUAUUACAUUGCAUUGUUAUUGUUCGUUUUUCAAUCUUCAAAUUUGAGAAUAACUAAACACGUUGUAGAAAUUUUCAUUGAGUCAUAAUUAUUUU